AUGGCUGACGAGUACGCAGACUUGAAGCAGAUGUUGCAGCUGCAGCUGAAGCUGAUGGAGGCUCUGACCGUCAAGCUAUCCAAUUCAUCCAUGGGCCAAUCAAGCGCGGCUGGUGGUUCACAAUCUGUUGAUCACAUUGCCGACAGCAUCACUGAAUUCCUGUAUGACCCGCAGGCCCAUAUCACCUUUGAGUCCUGGUACAAACGAUACGAGGACUUGUUCUCGGUCGAUCUGGCUGCCCAGGACGAUGCAUGGAAGGUUCGACUCCUUCUUCGCAAACUGGAUGCGGCUGAACACGAGCGUUAUGCAAACUUCAUCCUCCCCAAGAAUCCCCGAGAGGUCGCUUUCAAGGACACGGUUGAGACGUUGUCGCAGAUUUUUGGUGAGCAAUCAUCCCUCUUCAACACUCGAUUUCAGUGUCUGCAACUGUGCAAACGAGAUUCCGAUGAUUUCAUCACAUAUGCGGGCAUUGUUAAUCGUGAAUGUGGGCGUUUCCAACUCGGUUCGCUCACUGAAGACCAGUUUAAAUGCCUUAUAUUUAUCUGCGGCCUCCAGUCCCCCAAGGAUGCUGAUAUCCGGACACGUCUCCUGUCCGAAGUGCAGCAGAACAAAUCCACCACACUCCAAAAGCUGGCAGCAGAGUGCCAAACGCUGAUCAAUGUCAAGCACGACUCUGCAAUGAUUCAAAACCCGGCCUCAUCUUUCUCAGUCCAUACAUUUUCCUAA